UCCCUGAAGGCCAUGGAAUCCUCUGCAGGGCCCAGGAUUCCUUUGCCCAAAUACUGCAGUGUGGCCUCAACCCUGAAGUCCGCCUCCUGGGCUGGUGCUGCUCCCUGCUGGGACUUCUCCUUCACCUGCCCCUUUGCCAUCCAGGCACCCUGGCUCAGCCGGCACAUCCCCCUUACCAGAUAUGCAUCUUACCACCCGUGUCUCCACAUUGCUGACUCCGCAUGGCAGGGGCCUGGCUGGUCGGGAAGAGUUGGAGAUGCUGCUGACACAUGGAUCCUCGCAAGAAGGGCACCAGAUGGCUUUUAUUACUGGGCUCAGAUAAAGGCUGCUCCAGAGUUGGAGAGACAGGGGGCCCUGCUUGUGGAAUUUGAGGUUCCCACUGCCACAGACCCAAAGCUGCCAGCCCAGCGGCAGAGUGUGGUCUUAGAAGAAGAUGUCAUUCAGUUCUUGCCGUGCGUAGAACACUCACCACGGCCAGGGGACAAGGUGCUUGCAGCCUGGGAUCCAGACCAGCAGCGGUAUGGCCCUGGCACGGUUCUCUUGGGCUUGGAGGCGAGAGACCCCCUGAGAGCAUCAAAAGGAGGAGGAAUUACUGUUCACUUCUGGAAUGGCAAGACAGCUACUGUGCCUCUGGGCCAGGUCAGGUGGGUGCCCCCAGCUGUGUGGAAGAAGGCUGUGGAGAGGCUGCACAAGCCUUUAACCAGGGAGCACCCCGGGCCCCUCCUCUGGGCCCCUUGCUGCUCUCCGCUGGGACCGGUCGCUGGAUGUGUCAUCAGCGGGCUUUCUCCAGGCUCUCUGUUCCUGUGCCCGCCCUGUCUCCCCCAGGCCUGCUGCCAGCUGCCGUACCAGACCUGCCUCUGCUACUGUCCCUGGGCAGGACCCACCUGGUGGCCUCUAGCCAGGGCCUCAGGGGCCACAGCCACAGAACAUCCAGAGGUGGAACUAAAGCCCACAGCACAACUUUUGCCUCUGGAGGGUCCUGCAGAAGAGGAAGCAGUAGCAGUGCAAGCUCCCAUGGGUGUUUCUUCCUCUUCUUCCUCCUCUUCUUCUGAGGAAGAGGAUUUGGAGAACGGUCUGGAGAUGCGCCUCCCGCAGAGGCUGGCGGUGGACAGCACAGUCAACACAGACCCUAUUCUUCUUGAGAAGUCUCUGAGGAGGCAGGGUGCCCUCUGCCAGCCCGAGUGGAGGUAUUGGAGGAGAAACGGGCCUGAGCCCUGUCCUGGGAAGCCAGGAACAAGACGUGGCAUCAUCUGGAAAGAGAGGGGCGGCAAACAACAGAGGGUACGAACUGUAGUGGUGGGGAGAACCAAGGAGCUGGUUCUGGAAGCAAGCGGCAUGAAGUGGCCACAGAGAGAGGAAGCUGAACACAGAAAAUGGAGCCAGGGUACAGUGACACACGGGAGGGAAAGGAAUGGCCCUCAGAACGAACGCCCUGAGGAGCCAGGAAAACGCACAGACCCACGAUUUUGCAUUCAGUUUCAGAAGGCUUACAGAACCCACAAGGCUGAUCACAGUCUCCUUGGGGAGGCCAGGAUCCCACUGAAAUGA